AACCAUUGUCGACAAUAAAUCUUUAGAGGGAAGCUGGAGAAUAUUAAAACAUAAAAUAAAAAAUACUUAUAAAUUCAAAAUAUUUUUGCAAUCCAAUAAACUGUGAGGUUAUCAAUUCUCCACAUCACCUUUUAUCUAUCCCCCCAUCAAUUAUAUACUCCCCAGAAUCUUUCCUUCCAUUAUUCAUCACCUUCCUAUUCACAGUUCACACACAGAAACUCCAUGGCCAAGAAAGAGAUGGAAGUUGUAAAGGGCGUUGAUCUACAGAGAUACAUGGGCCGAUGGUACGAAAUUGCUUCAUUUCCAUCAAGAAAUCAGCCUAAAAACGGAACCGAUACAAGGGCUACAUACACACUGAAAGACGAUGGCACUGUUCAUGUUCUAAACGAGACUUGGAGUGAUGGAAAGAGAGGAUUCAUUGAAGGAACUGCUUAUAAAGCUGAUCCCAAUAGCGAUGAAGCGAAAUUGAAGGUGAAAUUCUACCUUCCGCCAUUUUUGCCCAUCAUACCUGUUACGGGCGAUUACUGGGUGCUGUUUCUAGAUGAUGAUUAUCAGUAUGCUUUGAUUGGUCAGCCUUCGAAGAAGUCUCUCUGGAUAUUGUGCAGAGAAAACCAUCUGGAUGAUGAGAUAUACGAGCAGCUGAUUGAGAAAGCGAAGGGAGAAGGGUAUGAUGUGAGCAAUCUGAAGAAGACGACACACACAGACCCACCGCCGGAGACUGAAGGUGCUCCGGCUGACACCAAGGGCGUGUGGUGGUUGAAAUCAAUAUUCGGGAAAUAAAAGAUGGUCGAUAUUGUGGUUUACUGGUUAUGUAUAUUUAGUUCAUGUAGUAAUGUAUAUGUUGUAUUCGUUUGUAUGUUUCAUCAAAUCAUGUAUAAUUCUAAAAAUACAUAUCACAAAUCAUAUAUGGACAUGUAACACAAAGUCGUUAUUCUUUGCAAUUUGCAUAUGCCUCAUUAACUAUCAAAUUAGUUGAUACUCACUUGGUUUUUUAGAUCAACAUGUCCUAAAAGGAAGAUGGCGUUCAAACUUAUGUCUGAGGCGCUCAUUCCUCAACCCGCCCUCAUACGACCCAUAAUAAAUAUGCUUACUAUUGGUAUUGGGUAGAUGAUUUAAGCUUAGGAGCCUGCCUUCUGUUGAUUUUUCCAUAUGGGUCUUUUAAUUAUGUUUUGUACUUAUAAAUUAGAAUAUGUAG